AUGCCCACUAAUAGAAAUAGACCAUCAACAACUGAACGAACUCAUGGUUAUAACCUGAGAUCUAGUGUUAGAUCUAACACUAGAUCUCAUGGCUAUAACCUGAGAAAUACAACCACCAACACCACAAUUUCCGCCAUCAAUAAUAAUAAUAAUCGUCGAAUCACCAACGUCAACAGCAACAACAAUAAUCCUCAAAUCGCCACCAUCAAUAAUAAUACCAUUACAAAUACUGCUCCUACCACCACUUCUAUCACUACCACCACUUCUAUUGUUACCACCAUUACUACCACUACUUCUACCACCACUUCUACCACUACCAUCAUCCCUACCACCACUUCUACCACUACUCCCAUUUCCACCACUACUACCGCCACUAUAAUCACUUCUAUCAAUAAUAAUAAUCAUCAUCCUCGUCGAACUACGGAUAAUCGACAAAUUCGAGUUCAAACAAGAGCAAGAGCGCCGAUUUCUUCUCCCCGCUUCUACCGUCCAGCAGUUGUUCCUCGACACACAUUGACAGAGGUGGAUGAAAUGGAAUGUUCCAUUUGCAUAAGAAGCCCUCCAGACGUCUCAGUAACUACCUCCUGCGGGCACAUCUUUUGCCACGACUGUAUUAGACGUUGGGUCAGCACUUCCCAAACAUGUCCAAAUUGUAGGGCAGUGAUCCAGGCGGACCAAAUUUCAAGAUUUAGAUUUCAUAUAGUGGCCCAAAGGAGGUAG